CUGUGGUACCGAACCACCGGUAUGCUGUGUGUCUCUCCGAGCUCUACCACCUGCCACCAACAGAUCCCGGCUUUUUGUCCAGGUCUACAACGUGGUCGCCAUUGCCAACAGAAAACCUUCCCUCAUCAUCUUCACUUCUUUCUUCGCUAUCCCACUACUGGUUUUGUCCGGCUUCGACUAUUGCCGUUUCAUAAUCCAUCUCAACAUUAGAAAACCAAACACCAACAGGAUAUCAUGAGAAAUUGUAGACAAGAGAGUUGCCAAGCGGUCUCGCCAGCAGCCGCCGAAUUGGCAGCACUGCGACGAUUGCCGGCCCAUCAAGCCGAAGUCCAUUUCCCUCCCGCUUGCCGUUCGCUGGUAUUAUCUCUGGCGGGCAACAUGCGCUGUGCCGAUUGUGACGGUCCUCGUCCCGAAUGGGCCAGUGUCUCGUAUGGGAUUCUCUUGUGCGUCCAAUGUGGCGGUCGGCAUCGAUCCUAUGGGGUGCAGAGUUCCCGGGUCAAGUCGAUCGACAUGGAUGCAUGGUCGCACGAUCAGAUAUUGGCCAUGCUGGAAGGAGGGAACGACCAGUUGUGCCGCUUCUUUGAUCGACAUCAAAUGACGGACACAGCCAUGACCUGUCGACGCUACAAGACCAAGGCGGCUUUGUUUUAUAGAACCAAUUUGCAAAAGCAUGUGCGAGAUGUCGGGACUCAGAGCAAGGUUUAUCCUGGACGUGAAGCCAUUCGAAAAGCGAUUAGUCGUCGAACUGAAAGCUCUUCGUCUUCCUCAUCGUCGUCGGCACUGACGAGACAAUCCAGCAUGCAAACCAUUCAUCAACAAGGGAUAGCGGCCAAUUGAUACCGGCUUCGAAAGAAAAGGCACGAAAGAAAAAGCGCAGACAGAAGGCAGAGCCUAGCUAGACUAGCCUCCUUUUGUCGGCGAUUAUUAGAGCUGUCCUUCGCGCCCAGGACAGGACCAACCAUGGUCAGGCCAGCCGGAGACCGAUGAUAGCGGUUAUUAUCGCGUCAAGCAGUCGCAGUCCCAGAUUGUUCCACCACCAACAGAACCAUUAUUUCAUAACACAUCAAGUAACAAUUACAUUAGAACGAUGCUAAUCUCAUCUCUACGCGCCAAGUUUCGUUGCAUACUCUUCUGUCUUCAGAUAACAACAAUUCAUUCUAGCUAGCUAGUAGAAGGCUU